CUGGGUUAGAGUCCGCACUCUGUUCUAUGUUCACGUGCAUCCUCCUUUGCUGUUGCUGCAUUUGCAUUUCCACAUUUGGACAUGAAUACCAUGUAUGAUACUAGACAGCACUGAACUACACUGCACGCUUGUGUGAAUGAGUCAAGUCUACUGAACUGGGUUUAUCAAGGCUCGAUCUAUACGUACCACUCUUGGAAAACCAGGACCAUCGAAGUGAGGUUUUAAAUUUUUUCUUAAUCUUGAGGAAGAGGAUGAAGGGCCGUGCCCCUCCUCCACCUCAGGCCCCUCAACCUGCGCCUCGCCAUAUCUUUAGGAACACAGCGCCCGACAGGGAAGGGAAAUCAGGGGUGGACUCCAAGGAGAACAUGCUGAGGCCCACGGUGGAUCUACAGCUCACUCUGCCACAGGGAAACCAGAUUUCUGUUACUGAGGAUGGAAGUAAGGCGCUGAUGGACCUGCUGGUUGAGUUGUGUAGCCGCUACCACUUGAAUCCAGCAUUGCACACCCUGGAGCUGCUGUCGGCCGAGGGCCACCCUUUGGGGUUCAAGCCCAACGUUCUUCUGGGCUCCCUCAACGUGGCCUGUGUUCUUAUUAAAGAGAAGGUUUUUGAGGAUAAAGUGGUUCGCAGACCUGCCCCUAAAGUGCCAGAGAAAACGGUGCGUUUGAUGGUGAACUACCACAACAGCCAGAAGGCAGUGGUUCGGGUCAACCCGUUUCUACCACUUCAGGCUCUGAUACCAAACAUCUGUGAGAAGUGUGACUUUGACUCUGGGCAUGUCCUGCUGCUGAAGGACAGCAUCAGUCGGCACGAGUUACCGCUGGAUAAAUCUUUGACACACCUGGGGCUCAAGGAACUCUAUGUACACGAUCAGAGACUAGUUCUGCAGCCUAAAAUGGCUUCUGCCCCUGCUCUAAACUACUCAGACACUGUACGCUCUAGCACUGCAACUUUAGGGAGACCUGAGAAAAAAGGGCUUCUCAGCUUCUUCCAGUUCAGCAGAAGGAAAUCCAAGACAGAGUCAACAUCUAUGGACAUGGAUGAUUGUGAUGAAAAAUUAAUACAAAAUACAGACACCCAAUCUAUGUGUCUGUCUACAGUGUCUGGGGUCCCCACCUUAGAAGAUCGACCCAGCACCUUAGGCCAGUCUCAGUCAGUCAUGACCCUACCCAGGAUGUCUCCCAAGGCGGAGAACAAGAAGAGGAGGGCCCCAGCACCACCUGGAGCCGUGGUACAAACUAGCUGUGAGGGAUAUCAGAUUGGCCUGAACUCAGAAAGCCAGCAGCGAAAACGAAGGGCUCCAGUCCCUCCUCCUACACCAGCUUCCAUCACCACUGGCUCUGAUGAUGCUUCACUGUCUGCUCCCACUCCUGAUAGCCCUGGUACUCAAACACCCAUCCAAGCCUUCCACACCAGUGUAGCAGAGUCGCUUCCAGUCUCUUCCAUCAUUGUGGUAACACAAACAAUCAAUCCAGUUUCCUUGAAAACUGAAGUACAACCUCCAGCUGUUUGUCAUGCCACCACAAGUGCCAGCUCCCCAACCCCAAGCAGCAGCACCACAGACAGCCUAGCGCUCCACGAUUCCAGCUCUGAACUCAGCCACAGUCUCGAUGACUCCGAUGUUGACCUGGACCAGGCCGGUUCCCACUCUAAUACAAUCACCAGCAGCACCGGGAGUGAGUCCCAGCCUAGUGUGAAAGUCUCCAGGAUGGAAGGAAUGGAAAAGUCUAGCAGCAAGGCUGCCAAGUUUAACCCAGAGACGACCUCAGCCAGCAGCUACAGGUCAGAUACAGAGUCAGCCCUCAACAUGAAACUGGAUGAAGUUGAGAACAACAGACACAGCGCAAUGGCCUGGAUCCACUCCAUGCAAACCUCUGAAUCCACUGGCCAGAAAGAAGCACCAGAAACACCAGAGGAGGAGACCGUGUCACUGGGCAACAGCAGCAGUGGAAGCAGCCUGCCUGACCAGGCUUACGCUGCCUCUGAGGGCAUACUGGAUGGUGAGGACUCAGGUGUGGUCAGCUCCCCAUCUGACACCCAGCCCACGUCACCAGAAGGGAGUUUGUCUUUAGACGGAGGCAGAGGAGGCAGAGGAGGCAGUGGAGAGAGGCAGCUGGGACCAGUGCGGGACAACUCCAGUGACAGCGAUGAGGGUUGUGCCACCUGGGGAUCGGGACAAAGGAGCGGUGAUGUUAGCUCACAGCCUAAGGCAAGCACAUUUAAAGCCAAUUGUGAGGAUGCCCGUGUCACAGCCCAGCUUCAUGAGACUGUUUCUGAAGCAGGCGUUGCAGAUCACGUUCAUAUCAUCUCUGUGAGGAGGACUCCCUAUACGAUGUCAACAGAUAGUAAUGAGGUGCCAGUGUCUGUAGUGGACAUAGACGUGCCAGUCACAGCCAUCGACGAUGUACUGGAGGAGUAUGAACACAACGUUGCUGAAACAGAGACAUCAGUUGCCAGGACUGAGUCAUCCAAUAGCAAAGGUCCAGACUUUUUCCACCAGCACAGUAUGGAGCUAAAGAACAAAAAUAACAAUGCAUAUACAGUUUCUGAGAGUAAUAAAACAUGUAGUGCAGACAUUAAACAGCUGUCUCAACCUGAGCAGCACAAGACGUCAAUGAAGAGUGAUGAGCUACAUGAUAAAAAGAAGGAAAAGGUAACGCAGGCACAAGUGAAGGAGAUAAGUGUGUCUGAUACCAGAGGGAAAAGGGAUAAACAAAAAGCAGCACCAGCAGUCAAAUCGAACGGUGCCAUGCCCAAUCAGAGCGAGAGCACCCCGCUCAGACCUGAGCCUGUGAAAAGUAACACCCAGCCUUUUCAAGAGAGGAAACCUGAUCCUCCAGCAGCCGCUCAAAGAGCAGCAUCCACCGAAAGAGAAGAGACACACAGGGGUGUGCUGAACAACUCCAACUCCAGCUCUACUGCUCAUGGCAAAAUCACAUGUGUCUCAUCACGCUUUGGUAUGAAAACAUUUACUGUGGUCCCUCCAAAGCCCUCUGUUGCACAUUCUGGUGCAGGAGAACAAACUGGUUCUUUGACCGCAGGUGCCAUCAAAAUUGACGAUCAAGGAAACAUGGUGAAAGCGGGUUUCUUUCGGAGCAGAGCUGAUAAUUCAUUGAAGUCUGAGUUUAACGGCAAGGAGGAAACCCUUCUUCUGGGCAAAGCCAAAGCUUUUUGGAACUCACAAGAAAAUGCUGUACCUCAUAGCAAAGGUCCAGUUGACAGGGCUAAGGAGAACACGGAGAACCUGAAAAGUCCUCCUACAGCAGAAUAUACGUUCAAGAUGAGUAACACUGACAAGAGAAAAACAGAAACGGUCCGGCCUGAAAAAAUAUUUAAGCAAGAAGCUGAAGAACCAGUGAAGGACAUCCAAGUUGCAAAAGAAAAGGAGGCGGAGGUGGAGAGCAAAGUUUCAGUGUCCAAAAACAUCCAGCUGCCAAGUAAUAAACCCGCUCUUCCUCCUCCGCUCCUUCAAGACUUUAAAAGGGAUCUGUCCUUCCUCAAGCCGUCCAGGCGCACCUCAAGCCAGUAUGUGGCAUCCGCCAUCACGAGAUAUGCCCCAAAGACAUUGGUUAAACCCGACUCUGUUGCUAGUAUCCCUGAGUCGCCUGUCUCUGUGAAAGCGCAUGCUGUCACAUCCAUGCAAGUGAAUCAACAUCAAUCUUCCCAGUCGCCUUUGUCAAAUAGUAAGAAGACCGAUUUGGUUUCUAAACCCAACCCACCUGGUCCCAAGAGGUCAAUGAGCUACCCAGAGUUUAUGUCGGAGAGUCAGCGAGAUUCUGGAGAAGGGCGACUGGACAGGGAAGAAUUUGGUGUUGGAUCCACCAAAAGCAGCUCUGAUGUCCUGGAACCUCCCAAGAAUAAUCACAUGCAGUCUGGCAGUCCCAUCAAAAUAAAGGUGACCACCAAUAAUGAUAAUAUUAAGCACAUUCGAUCCAUAGGCCCCACCCCUGCACAAAGCAGUCUUCUACAUUCCUCGGCCAAACUACACACAACCACAAAGACCGUUCCCCGAAGCCAGACAAGUGACAUGGACAUGACCCAGACAGACACCACUCCAGCAUCAGAUGUGAAACCGCUCCCAUCUGUUACAGAGCCUGACAGUGCAGCUAUCCCUCCACCUGUAACGGUGUUUGGACCAAUUAAGAAAUUCCGACCAGUAAUCUGUGGGCCAAUCGCUAAAGAGACGUCUCUGCACAGCAGCCUGAUGGAGGCGAUCCAGACAGGCCACGGCAGAGAUGGGCUUAAGAAGAUAUCCAACUCUGGCCCCAGCCACACGAAGAAAGCAUCGUAUGUUGAGGAGCAGAAUGAAAGGUCUGCUCUUAUGUCUGCCAUUAGAGCCCAGAGCAACACUGGCAGGCUGAGAAAGACCAAGUCUGAGGCUGCUGAUGAGCUCGAGAAAUUCAGAAAGGCAGCUCACGAGGAGGAGAGAAUCGCAGACACCCCCGCGUCCUCCACACCUCCUCCCCCCACUUCUCCCACUGUCUUUAUCCCCCUUGCAUCCCUGCCACCAACACCCUUUGGAGCACCUCCACCUCCACCUCCACCUCCUCCCCCUGGCUUGCCCAAGGGUAAGCCUAGCACCGUGACACAUCAUCCAAGCGCAAACGCUCCCAUGAACCCCGCUUCGGCUCGGGAGGCUAUGCUGGAGGCCAUUCGCUCUGGAUCUGCUGCUGAAAGACUAAAAAAGGUCACCUUGCCCACAAAGACGAUGCAAGUGAAUGGCAGACUGAGAAGCAUCCAGUCAAACUCUGCAGCUCAUCCACAGCAGUAAUUCGAGGAGCCAUCAUCAAACAACAAAUAAUUCAAUUUAUUGCCAUUGUUCCUGUGCAGCAAAAAUUGGGAAACGCUGGUUGAGUCACUUUUUUGAAUGAAUGUUGUUGUUUUUAUAUCUUAUGGGCUGUCACUACCCGUUUUACAGUAACAACAGUAAUGCUUGGAGAAUGUCUUAUUUUACUUAAAGCACAUUGAAACACUUUUUUGUUUAUGACGAAUGAACAUUUCUUGCUAUUGGAAUGUUUCUCCAUUAGUAGCCAAACACUAGUAACCUCUGUCAUAGGUGGAAGCUUUGCAGUCAGCGGGUUUAAGUUUAACACACACUAUAGGUGUUACACAUUUUGCUUUCUGUACAUUCAUUCAGUAGAUUUAUGGCGUGCCAAUGAAAACUACUUCGAUUGAUUUGUACUACUUUAAUUUUUGUUUAUCAUUUUUUUUUAUGUUUUUACAAUUUUAAGUUUGCCUUAUACUUUAUUAUGUACAGUCAGUGUUAUGUAUGUGUUGCUUGCUGUAAAGUCCUGUAUGUGGUGUAAAAGGUCAGUCUGUUGAUUCCAGAUUUGACAAAUCUUACACACUUAUGACGCAUAAAUCAUUUUGCCCAUGGUCCAUGCCAACCUCUGCAGUUAUAGGCUUUGAGGAGAAGUCUGAUUGUGAUUACUCACUUGUGCCUCAACAUGCUUCUGUUAUUGAAACUCUGCAGAAAUUGAAAUGCAUGGUUAGGCUCUACAUGAAUAUGUAUGACUGACCAUGGCUCUUUAUGUUUAAUGUAUUAGAUAUUACAUUUGCUUUACAUUUCAAAACUCUAAUAUUAAAUCUAAUUUUAAAUUAUAUACAUGGUGAAUGCCACCAUAAGCAACUUUAUUUAUCAGUAAGUCGUUACCAAUAGGCAAAAUGAUGUUGUAGGAAAGCAGUAGUUGCCCACGGCCUUAGUUAAUGUUAUUACAUUACAUUGAUCUCCUUCGUAGGUCAUGCCUAUAAUGUGGAGUAGCUGUGUCUCAUAGUGUGACCCAUUGGUAGCACUAUGCUUAAGAUUAAAAUGAAGAAAGCAUCCAUGUCUAGUGGAAAUGGUGGCUGCUGAACAGAGAUUUAUUUAAAUUUAUGGACACCUUAAAAGUAAUAUUUUAGCCUUGUUUGCUAAGUUAAACUGUCAAAGCUGUUCUGUUUUUUUCCACUGGAAGGGAUUGCUUUGUUUCUGCUAAAUUGACUGGUUAUCUUUUAUUAUAGCCUGCUGCACUUUGUUAAAUUUUAUAUUUUGUAAACUGAAGAAACAUCAUUGCAGUGAUGGUUUUGAUUUAACUAUUUGAUAGAGAGCUAAUCCACCAUUAGCAUCUGUGUUUUAUAAGCUAUAGCUGCACAUUUUUGGGAACUUUGCACAGUUACUUUUGUCUACAUUAUUUUUGAUUCAAUAAAUAAUUUUGUAAUCAAGUGUGAA